UUCCAUCCAAUGGAUUCCAGCUAUGUUAAUGUUGAAAUACAAAUUUCGCGUUUAGGCCGAUGAUUGUAUUGUAAAAGAUGAAUUUUUCGCUUAGGUUUCCGAAACAAUAUAGUUCAAAAAAUGUGCCUAUUUUUCUUCUUAAGAGAAUGACGGAUGGGAGACAUAACGUGUCUUCAUUUCAGACAUUAGAGCUUAUUGUGGAAAAUAGUGCCAUUCCUGAAAAUGUUGAAGCUUUAUUUUCUAUUAUUAAAAGACUAGAUGAUAUCUUGCUGGAUCAUAAUCCUUCUCUUUCAACAGCUCUUCAUAUAUUUUCAGAACUUAAGUGUGAAAUAUUGCAAACUGGGAGAAGAGAAGUGGAAUCUGAUAAUAGUAGUCCAUGUAAAGAAACAGCGAAAUGGAUCAGAAAUAUACUUUUUCAGCAUGUUUUGGAGGUUUUGAGGCAAUUUGUUAUGUCAUACACAGUCCUUCCAUCGAAAACUGCACCGGCUUAUGAGAGCAGUAAAAUAUUGAGAUUGAAAGGUAUUGGCCUGGAAAUAUUUCAUGCUAUUUGUGUAGAUUAUGAAAAGUUUGUCCCUUUGUAUUCUGAACGAGAAAACUUCCUGCAUUGCCUUUUUUCAUACCUGCAGUACAAAGAAACAUGUUUUCCUGCUUCUCGAGUACUUGAAAGUUUACUUCUGUCCAGGAAAAAAGUUCUUGAUUUAUCAGCAGUAGAAAACUUAAAAGAAUUAGUAAUCAAUUUUGAAAAUGUAACUCUGGGAGCCUUUUGUAAAAUUCUUGCCAUUACUUUGUCGGAAUUAGAUAUGUAUGAACACAGAACGUCAUUAUACGCUCAAACAAAAGAAAAGAAAAAUGAAAACAUUCAAGCUCGUGAUUUAAAUCAAGAUGUUGUUUUAGGUAUUCCAAAUAUUCUAUCAAGGCUUGUUAAGAUAGCUUGUGCAAAACCAUAUGUGCCAUGGUUUCCCUGUGGAAACAUAGAAAGUGAACAAUGGCUGCAGUGGAUUGAUGACCAGCUGGUGCAAGAUUCAGAAAAUGAAGAUGAGGAUAUUGAUUUGUUUAUUGGAGGAAUAACACAGUGGUCAGAAAUAUCGUGCUUAGGUCCAAUACAGACAUCUGUUCAGAUAACAUCAGAAUUAACUUUUAGAGCUGAUGCUGUGUGUGUACUUGGUCUAUUAUUGGUAGGGCGUCAUAGAAAAGAGGUCCAGAAAGAAUUAGCAGAGCUGCAGCUGAUUCCUCAACUUUCAGAUUUAUUUGAUCAUUUUAUUUGGCGAUCCAGUGCACGUGAUCACACUCGUCUUCCUGGCCAUAACAGUUCUUGUGAAUGCAGUCCUGAAGUGGCAUUAAAAAUACAAGUAUUAAGGUUGAUCCAUAGCUUCUGUGAUCAUUCUGACUACAAGCAUGUUAUGCUUUCAUGGAGAGAGUAUAGUGAGUUGCAAGCUUUAGAAGAAACACCAUCUUCUUCUCCAGUUUCAUCAGGGCUGUCUCGUGAUUUAAUGUGUGUAGGCAUGAAAGGAUUGUUAAGCAAAAUUGUAGAAGUUAUGAAGAAGGAAAGUGGUGCUUCAACAUUUAGGUUUUGGCUUUCUAGAGCUAUAGAGAGUUAUCUUCGAGGAAGUUUUUCAAGUGCAGAUCAAGAUUUUCUUCUUCGAAGAAAUUUAUUGCAGCAUGUUGUAGGUAAUCUUCUUGCAAGUACUGUUAGACAUAAAGAAGUUCGACAAAGCAGUUUUGAUCUUCUAGGAGAACUCAUCAAAUUCAAUUUUAAAGCUUUCAUAGAGCUCAACAAGCAAAUGCACAGUACUGCAAAACAAAAGAAGCUCCUUUACCUCAUGAAUAACAAUCUUGUUGACUCAAAUAUGUUUCUACGAAGUCUUAUUUUGUCUUAUGAAUCCUUUGUUUCUUCUGAUGAUGUAGAUUUAAAAAGUUUCGCUGAAAGACUUUGCUUUUUGUUAUCUCAUGUUGGCAGUAUAAAAGUUCGUGUACAUUAUUUACAAAAAUUGCUUUCGCUCAUAAAUAUUCACAGUUUAACUCAGGAAAAUGUGAGUUGUUUAAAUACUGCUUUAGUGAUACUUAUGUUUGGAUUAAAAAAAGGAGAGCUUCCAAAAUACUUACACAUCUUAGCAUCAAAUCAAGAUAAUUGUUCUGUGGCCACAUCUGAACAUGCUGGAAUCUUAGAUAAUUUAAGAGAUCUGCUGUUAUUUUGGCAAGAACAUUACUUACAAAAAGACAAAGACUGUACAAUUUUAGAAAGAAGCUCUAGAAUUCCUUUUCAAGAAUGGAGGGAUGCCGUGUCUCUGUUGACAAAGCGGGAUACUCAGAACCCAUGCUGCAUUGCAUUUUACCCAAUACUAUCUCUUUCCUCUAGAGCUUGUUGAUACUUAAUUAUUUUUUAUGCAUUUGUAUAUAAUUUUGUACAAUUUUAUGGCAUGAAUUAACACUAUUUUCAAGAAAUAUAACAAAUUCUGAUUGUGUGUUUGUAGGUAUUAAUUUUCCAUUGUUUAUAUAGAAGAUGCAUCAUUCCAAGUUCUUGUAAAUAGUAUGAUUUCUGAGUUUCGUUUUCACCUGUUUUAUAAACGUACUGAUUUUAUUUUGAUGUAAUAAAAAAAAGUGCAUUUAGGAAACUUAAUACAUUUAACCCUUUGGCAGUUACCAAAAUUUACAACCAUUACUAUUCUAUUAUGUGCUAUACAGAUAAUGGAGGUAGUCAGAAUUGCAAUUUGUUUUAUGUCCUUUUGCUUUUUCAAAUGGAAUUUUAUUGCUGUGUAAAUUGUAUUCAUAUUACAAGUCUCUUGUCUGUUUAAGUUUUUGUUUAAAAAAUUUUUAAAUAUUCAAGCAGUAUUUUUGCCUUAGAAAAAUGCAAAAAUGCAGGUAUCAUAAAAAUGGAAAGUCAUAAAUGAAAAUUAUGCAUUCAUUUAUGCCCCCCCAAAAAGGGGGAGAAAUAAAUACACUGCUGUUUUUUUAAUCUGCUAUAUUGAAAUAAAUUACUGCUACAAAGUAAAAAAGGAUUAAUUAAAAGCUAACAUAAUCAUAGUCUUAAUAUUCUCUUCCUUGAGUCUUUGUCUUCUGUCCAUAAUUUUUAUAUUAUAGAUACAAUAAUAUCUCUUAGUGUCCAUGCAGUUAAUGGGAUUAUUAAGUCUUUAAAUAGCAAUUUUUGCAAAGACUUUGACAAAAAAAAAAAAAAAAAAAAAGUUGUUGCUUUAAGGAUCUGUAUGACCUCAAUGCAUAUUGAUUGACUAUUUAUGAAAUGAUAGUUGUAUCUGUCAGUGACUCAUCUUUUAGAAUGUCUUAAAAAACUAGUGUUUCAUAACUAUCAACACACCAGGCUUUCAUUGUACCUCCUGGUUUUUAAUUUUUAGCUUAUUUCACCUUUACCAACAAGGCUUCUUUCCUCCAUCAAAUGACAGAAUGAAUCUGAAUGGCCAUUAUGACUGCAUGAGGUAAGAGCAAAAAUUGUUUUUUGCCUUAGAAUACCAAAUAUGCAUAAAUGCUCAAAGGAAGUGAAGGGAACAUAAACCUAACUGAUAUGAAGUGAAGAGUUAUUAAUAACUAUUAAUUAACCUAAUUAUAACUGAUUAGAUUUCAUCAAUAAUUCUUGUUUUUAACACUAAUAACAUUUAGUUAUUUUCAACUUGGAUGUAAGCAUUAAGAAAAAUAUACAUUUUGCACUAUUUUUAACACUGUAUCCAUCUAGCCAGAAAUCAGUUAUAUCACUCACUUUGAAAAUUCAUAACUGCCAAAAGGUUAAAUAAAUUGAAUGCAUUCAUGUGAACUGACUGAAUGCAUUUCUUUACAAGUGCCAUAGCUGUCAUUUUUCUCAGUUGUUCAUCACACCUCUUAGUAAAUCAUUGGAUCUCUCAAUUUUUAAAUUGUAACCUUUUCUAAGGAAAAUGUUUUGCAGCCAUGAAUGAUAUUGAAAAUUGGGUAGAUUUCAUUCUGCCACUGUUAAUGAUUUUGAGCAUAAUUUUUCCUUACUUUUUUUUUUUUUUUUUUAAAUGAGUUAUCUUUAUCUUCUGUCAACAUAUGUAGGAAAAUUUUAAGAAAAUUCACUUAAUGUUUGUAUUUAAUUUUUAUGUUAAUAAAUAGUACAUUAUUAAAGUUUA